AUGGCUCCUAUAAUAUCAAUAUCCCAAGGCGAGCGCUCGUCUGACAAGCCCGUCCCCAGAGGACCCAAAUCUCCAGCCCGGGCUGCGCAGAUCCAGGCGCAGAAUCGAAGGCGAGAGUAUCUCGCCCGGCAUCCCUCUUACUUUCAGAACCUUGAGCAUGAGCUCGCUGAUUCUGUGCUAUAUGAGCGGCUAAUCAAGAGGUUCCAAACAGCUUCAGAGCGUGAGGCUGAGGGUAAAGCAAAAGGCUAUGGCCGGACGCUGGAGGCUGAUCUACAACGAGGGGAAUCCAAACUCACACAGCUCAAAAAAGGCGACGGAGUCGAAAAUCUAAUCGGCGAUCUUGAACAUCCCUGGGAGAAGCCAGCCGCCGACAAGGCUAAUGGUAUAUGCUUAUGGCAUGCCUUCCUUGAAGAGCGCUUCGUCCAUGGUCUGGACGAUGAUUUCGACUAUAGGUCAAUCGACACUGAUGAAGAUCUCGAUACCAUGCUCAGACGAGACGCUCAAGAUGCGUGGUUCGACGAUGAAGAACCAAGCUGGGUUGACGAGGAUGAACCGUCGUUACAAAGACGGCAGGGCGAAACGGGCGUUCAGGACUUUUAG